AUGCCGAACGAUCCGAGAGACAUCUCGACCGUUGAUAGCACGUCGUAUGGCUAUGUCUACGAACAGAAUGUCACCAUACCAUUGAAGAGCAGCGAGGGAGUCGUCCGUUGUAACGUAUAUCGUCCCAAGCCGCAAGAUCAUGACAAGUUCCCUGUGCUCAUGACGUAUGGACCUUACGGGAAGGACAUCCCCUAUGCCGACUUCCACCCCAGAUCCUACGCGGAGGUCAAUCCCGAGCACAAGUCGCACCACUCGGCAUGGGAAACGCCAGAUCCCGAAUUCUGGACCAAAGCCGGCUACGCAGUUGUAAGAGUCGACGAGCGCGGCUCGGGUCAGUCACCCGGCCUCCUUGACACAAUGUCUCGCGGCACUUCAGAGGCUUUCUUCGAUGCUGUGGAAUGGGCUGCUGAACAGCCAUGGUCGAGCGGCAAGGUCGGAUUAUUGGGCAUCAGCUACUAUGCUGGAAGCCAAUGGAGAGUCGCUGCACUGAAGCCAAAGGGUCUUGCUGCCAUUGUGCCGUGGGAAGGUAUGAGCGACUAUUAUCGUGAUCGUUGCCGACACGGUGGAAUCUUGUCUGACAGCUUCAUCAAGUUUUGGUGGAACAGACAGGUCAUCACAAAUCAGUAUGGGCGGCCUGGACGGCAAGACAGCAACUGGGGUCCAGACACGAUUGAAGGUGACCUGGGAGAAGAAGAGCGCGAGCAGAUGAGGAAUGACCAGACGAUCGACAACGCGGCCAGUUCGUGGCGCAAUGAACUAUAUUAUGCGUCUAAAGAGUACGACUUGAGCAGUAUAGAGGUGCCACUGCUAAGUGUUGCCAACUGGGGUGGCAUCCUGCUCCAUCUGCGCGGCAAUGUCGAGGGGUGGACUCACGCUGGAUCCAAAUUCAAGUACCUCCGCUUCAUCGUCGGUCGCCACGAUCUUCCUUUCUAUUACCACGACGAGGUAGACAUUCAGCGCAGCUUCUUGGAUGCUUUCCUCAAAGGUGACGACCGGAUAGGAUGGUCUGUGCCUGGAAAGCUGCCGCCGGUGGAUAUGGUCUUACGGAAGGGCGAUCUUGGCUUCAAUGACCCCGAAAAGGAACAGGCCUUUCCUCGCCGGACAGAGGAUUCCUGGCCGAUCGCGAGAACACAGUACACGAAGUACUAUUUGUCGCCAGAACGAAUGCUCCACACGCGAGUUCCAGCAGUUGACCAUGCGAUGAAGUUGUCCUACGAAGCGCCUAGCACUUUGGAUGACCCGAAGCUGCUCAGCUUCAGCACGCCGCCGAUGGAGAGCGAGAUUGAGAUUACUGGGCACAUUGUCGCGCAUCUCAACGUCUCGGUCACGUCCUUCGUUGGAAAGUCCCUACCCUCCAACAUUGACCUGUUCCUUACACUGAGACACGUCUCGCCUGCAGGGAAAGAGGUGUUCUACACAGGCACAGCGGGAGAUCCCGUUCCUCUGUGUAAGGGCUGGUUACGCGUCUCGAUGCGCAAGGUCAACGAGCAGCACCAUAAACAUCGACCCUACUUGCCAUAUCGGGACUAUUUCUCUACUGACGUUCUACCAGUACUUGUCGGAGAGGUUUACCCAGUGGAUGUUGAAAUUUGGCCCACGAAUGUUGUGAUGGACAAAGGCGCAAAACUGGUCCUCGAGGUCGCUAGUGGCGAUACACAGGGUAGUGGUAUCUUCACACAUAUGGGUACAGAUGAUCGACCGCGGGAGCGACUGGCCGGGUUGAACCACAUUCACUUUGGACCGAAGUGGGAGAAUUAUGUAGUGCUGCCAGUCAUCCCAAGAGCUUAA